AUGAUUGAUUAUUCUAUUUUAUUUGUUCUUUUUAUCCAUUUAUAAUUAAUUAGAUUUUAUAAUUUGCUGUUCAAUAUUUUAAAAAAAAAAUAAAUGAUAUAAUAGAUUAAAGAAUAUUAAGAGUUAAAACUUUUUUUAGACUCUUCACUUUUAUCUCAUUAGGUUCUCCAUAUUAAUCUGGCGAAUAAUAAAAUUGGUGAUGAAGAUGCAUCAAGCUUAGCAAUGAAGGUACAUUAGGCUUAGGUUCUGGUUUAGCAAAUUGCAUUAAUCUCUCAACUCUUAUUUCUUUUUUUUUUUAUUGUACUUGCUUUUUUUGUAUCUCUUUUUUAAUUUAACUCAACAUUUUAUUUUAAACUUUUCUUUUUAUUAUUAUUUAAUUAAUCUUAUUAUUUUAUAUUUUUUCCUUCUAAUUAAUUAUUUAAUUAAAUAUUUAUUCUUCAAUAUUUAAAAAGUAACAAUUUUAUUGGUGAUGAAGGUACAUCAGGCUUAGGUUCUGGAUUAGCAAAGUGCAUUAAUCUCUCAAAUUUGACACUUGACCUUAGUAUCAAUUUUAUUGGUGGUGAAAGUGCAUCAGGCUUAAGUUCUGGGUUAGCUAACUGCAUUAAUCUCUCAAAUUUGACACUUGACCUUAGGUAAAAACAGUUAAUUUAUUUUUGA